AGCCCCCUUCCUCGGAGACUUUCACUCAAAUCUUGGUGCCGGCCACCUUGAUUUUUCUUCUUCGUUUUACUGUAUUUCACUUUUACGAUUUAGCUUAUUCUUCACGACUUCUUCCUUCCUACGACAUUCUUUAUCGAUCAGCUUCUUUCUUGAAUCCAAUCCCGAUCAUGCGCUUCUCUACCUCUGUCGCUCUCGCUGUUGUUGCGGCCUCUUCUGUACCGGCUCUCUGUGCCCCCUUCGAGGCUGUUGUCAACUCUCGUGAUGUAUCUGACCUUGAAGCUCGCAAGGUGAGACAUAUCGGCAACAAACUUGAGCAUGCCAACAACAUUGCCGGUAUUGCUGACGGGCUCACGGGCAUCGCCACCAACAUCGCUGGAGCCGUCCAGCAGCGUUCAUUGAAGUCUUUGGACCCGUUGAAGUCUUUGAACUCGUAUCAUAUCAACGAGUGCGAUGUCGGAUGCAUUCAAAACAAGUUAUUUGGUUUGCAGAAUGUUGCCAGAUCCUACUUGGAGGCUCGUAAAGUCAGGCAUAUUGGCAAUAAGCUUGAGCACACGAACAACGUAGUUGGCAUCGCGGACGGUCUGACUGGUAUCGCAACCAACAUCGCCGGGGCUGCUCAGCAACGCCGCGACUUGGAAGCACGUAAGGUCAGGCAUAUCGGUAACAAGCUGGAGCACGCCAACAAUAUUGCCGGUAUUGCUGAUGGCCUCACUGGUAUUGCAACAAACGUUGCUGGAGCAGUUCAGCAGCGUUCGUUGAAGCCCCCGAUCCACCAUUUCAUAAACGAGUGCGAUACCGACUGCAUUCAAAACCGGCUAUUUGGUUGGGGCCAGAACGUUGUCAGUGCUGCUCAGCAACAACGGGAUUUUGGAGCCGUUCCUGUUGAGCGACGCUCAUUGGAGGAGCUUGAUUAGACUGUGGCCAUCUGCACUGGCUGUUUGAUUUAUGAGAAGACACCACACUUUCGGUCACCCAUUGUAAAGGAAGAUCUAUUAACUUUGUCGUAGUACCAACCCUUGAAAUGCAGUGGUAUCUGGGGGCUCAAUGUAAAAGCAAUGAUGAGUACG